CUGUAGUAACUACGUGGUCGCGAUAGUACAAAAAUGUAAACAUGCACAGAUAAUUUUUGGUACCUUUUCUAAUAAUUUCUGUAAUUUUAUAGUAAUGUACAGUAUUCAAAUAUUAUAGAAAGGUGGCCUAAUAUAUUCUAAAUGGACGCUGCUAUCUGAAUACUCCGUUCCAACACUUUUGUUUUUUAUAACCGAAGUGAACAUAGGCAAAAGCGUCGACAAGCGCCGUAGAAUUUCCAAGUCCGUUUAAUGGCGGACGCCAAUAAUUUUGGAAGUUUCGUGAUUCUAUUGUUCUGUUUUCGAGUAUUCCAAUCAUAAUUCUAACCGGGAAUGAGUUUUAUUGUAAGUGAUCGAACUUAUUGUGAUAUUUACGUGAAAGUGAUAUGAAAUGUUCUGUUAUAGCGUGACAAAAGCGCCUGCUAGAUAUGUAACCUUUUCCCUAACCUCGUUUACGCCAAUGGUGUAGAUAUGUGAUCGAUGUGUGUGGUUCUGUGAACGAUUAUUCGUCCGUUUCGCGUUACAAUUAGUGCGCAGUUAAUUUGUUUAUUAGUGAUGGAAGUGUCCGCGUCGCGAUUUUGCUAUCCGACGCACGAUUUCGAUGUAACGUAAGCGAGCCGGUCGAUCGUCAACGCAGGGACGGUCGCUCGCUACCAGCCGAACAUGGCUGCGACGCAGGCUGAGUCUCAGCGAAGCGAAGCGAACGUAGAGCAGAGUCCAACGGAGCAGCUCAGUGAAUCUCGGAACGCUCUAUUACAAAACGGGACCGACAAGUCCAUUGGGCGCGUCCCGCCCGAUGGCGUCGUGAACACAAAGAGUAAAUCGCCUAUGUCGGCCGAUCCGGGGCAGCCGCGCGACGGUGGCGAGGCGCCGGGGCACGACAGGACGGGAGAGCGUCCGGUGCCGGAUCAAUACGGCCAGUAUCGUUACCCAGAAGGAGCAGAUCCUUAUUAUUCCGCGCGGCCCGGUUUUCCCGGCAAACCGCGGCCGCCUCCGCAGCAGGGCCCGCGCUUCUUCCCGGGGCAGGUGUCGCAGGCGCCGGGCCCCACGCCGACGCUCAACUCGCUGCUACAGUCGAGCGGGGCGCCGCCGCACAGAUACCCCAACAGCUAUGAGCAGCCGCCGGCGGGCUACGGCCCGGCGCCCGGCUGGCCGCCGCCGCCACGGCCCAUGCCACCGUACAAUCCCCAAGGAAGCCCUUACAGAAAUUCAACACCGCCUAGGGGAUACGGUGGACCACCUUACGGGCCUGGGGGCCCCGGCGGGCCCCAGCAGCCCCCAGGCGGGUACGGCCCUCCAGGCUCUUACCCUCAGAGGUAUCCGCCGCCGCCUGGACCUCCUGGUGCACCAAACUCGAGACCGCCGUUCUCUCCACAUCAGGGCUAUGAGAGGGGCGGAUCACCACAGCCUCCCGCGCAGCCGCCGGGCGCCCCGAGCCCCGGGCCGGGGCAGAACGCCCCAAUGUCCCCCACGCAGGACGCUCAGCACGCGCCGCACUUGCCACCCCAUGGGGCGCAGCCUCCACCGCAGCAUCAGGGUUAUCCACCGCCGCCAAGGCCACCGCAACCGUCCACACCAAAUGCUCAUGAUCCUGACUCGGUAAGUGACUGUGUUUAUCAUAAUGGAAUCAAUUGAAAAUAUCUCGUACGAAACCUAUUUAUUGGGAUUUAUC